CAAUUUUGUGUUUUUUUAAAAACUAAAAAAAAACAAAAAGUUAUAAUUUAAAAUAAAUAUAAUAAAUGUGUUGUUGAUUCGAGUUGUGGUUUCCUGCGCUUUGUGUUGAAAAAAUACUGUGAUAACGGGGUGUGGUUUCUAAAAAAUUCUAUAAAAUAGUUGCAGUUGCAAAAGUUCCACACAUUAUUUAUAAUCUUUGGUGCUGUGUAUAACAAUUAAAGUUUUGUGCAUUAGUUAUUGUAAGAAUAUUAGGAAUUUGACAAAAUGGAAUUGCCAGCGCCCGAGCAAUUAAAGCAAUCGUUAUAUGUGCCAAAUAAAACGCUGAUGGGACCCGGUCCCUCCAAUUGCACACAGCGUGUACUCGAUUCGUUAAGCAAUCCAGUUUUGGGACAUAUGCAUCCAGAAUGCUUCGAGAUCAUGGACGAUAUCAAGGCAGGCGUCAAAUACCUUUUCCAAACGAAAAACACCGCUACAAUGUGUAUUAGCGGCUCGGGAACUGCCGGCAUGGAGACAGCUUUUGUUAAUCUCGUGGAGGAUGGCGACGUUGUGCUACUCGCCUGCACCGGUUUGUGGGGAUAUCGUGCCGCCGAAAUGGUUAAACGUUUAAAUGGCGAUGUGCGCUAUGUGGAGUCACGUUUUGGUCACGCAUUGUCACUGAAAGAAAUCGAAUUUGCCUUUGAGGGACACAAACCGCAAGUCUUCUUCAUUGCACAAGGUGAUUCCUCGACGGGCAUUUUGCAGCCACAACUAAAGGAAAUCGGUGAGCUAUGCGAAAAAUACAAAUGCCUUUUCGUGGUUGAUACAGUCGCCUCACUGGGUGGCGUUGAAUUCCUAAUGGAUGCCUGGAAAGUUGACAUGGCCUAUACGGGUUCACAGAAGGUGCUCGGCGCACCUGCCGGCAUUACGCCCGUCUCAUUCAGUGAUCGUGCCAUCGCGCGUAUAAGAGCACGCAAAUCCUACGUAAAAUCAUACUAUUUUGAUGCGUUGCUCGUUGGACAAUGUUGGAACUGUUUCGACACGCCACGUAUCUAUCACCACACCAUUUCUUCUACGCUUUUAUAUGGACUGCGCGAAGCAUUGGCACAGUUUUGUGCUUUGGGUCGCAAGAAUGUGAUACAUCGCCAUCAAGAGUGCUCACAUCGGCUGCAAUGUGGUGUGGAGGAGAUCGGAUUGGAAAUGUUUGUGGUGAAAGCCAAUGAUCGUUUGCCCACCGUAAACACCAUCAAAGUGCCAGCAGGUGUGGAGUGGCAAAAGGUGUCUCAAUAUGCGAUGAGAAAAUACAAAUUGGAGAUCAGUGGUGGCUUGGGACCCACAGUCGAUCAAGUCUUCCGUAUUGGACUGAUGGGCGCAAACGCCACUUACGAACGCGUCGACUUAGUACUCAACAUUUUGCACGAAGCCAUACAAAGCACAAAAUUUGUUGAAAAAUCCAAGAUUUAACAGAAAUAUUGAUUCUAAAUUACUCAUCCGCUGUCGUAUAUGUCCUAUCAAAUCCAUUACUUUUGCUUCUUUCCUAUACAGAUCCAUUGUAAUACUCAUGCAUAUAUGUAGUUAUAAUUAUAGAGUAAA